AUGGCGGCUAUUUCCGUUUUAAGACGCAGUAGCAACAUUUUGAGUAAAAAUUUGAUAUGUACAUCGUAUAAUAUUCGACGAAGUUUUUGUUCGGACGAUUGCACCGAAGAAAAAAAGGGUAUCAUUUUGGGGGUGUACGAAGGCGAAAACGAUGACGUGAUUUUAACAAAAGCCGCAUCAAAAUUCAACGAUCAUCUGGGUGGAAAAUUAUACGACUUGAUUAAGAAAGCCGGUACGAAUAUGAAAAUCACGCAGAAAGGACACGGUAAGAUAUUCAAUAAUAUCGAUAAAGAAUUUUGGUCGCUUUGUGUCGUCGGACUAGGAAAAGAAAAUCUUGGAUAUAACGAAUUGGAAGCGAUCGACGAAGGACUAGAAGCCGUUAGACAAGCCGCGGGAACUGGGGCGCAGCUAUUGAAAAACGAAGGGGUGACAAGAAUUUUAAUAGAAGGUCUAGGACAUCCGGAACAAGCCGCAGAAGGUAGCGCCCUAGCUCUGUGGAGAUACCAAGAAAAUCGAUCCCGACAAUAUUGGCAAGUCAUACCUACAUUAGAAUUAUUCGACGAUUGCGACGCCGAAAGUUUCCAGCGGGGUUUGUUCAAAGCCGAAUCUCAAAAUUUGGCUAGACGUCUGUCAGAUACGCCUGCCAAUCAGAUGACGCCGCUCCAUUUCGCCCAAGAAACAGUAAACGAACUAUGUCCGUGCGGAAUCAAAGUUCACGUUCACGACAAGGAUUGGAUAGAAACCAAAAAGAUGCAAUUAUUUUUGACGGCCGCGAGAGGUUCGUGCGAGCCGCCGGUGUGUCUGGAAAUCUCGUACUGCGGCGCUUCCAUGGACUCGAAACCGAUUCUGAUGGUAGGUAAAGGCGUAACAUUCGACAGCGGCGGUUUAUGUCUCAAAAGAUGCGAAAAUAUGCCGAAAUAUAGGGGAGAUAUGUGCGGAGCAGCUUGUAUAGUGGCCGCGAUUCGGGCCGCCUCCGCCUUGAGUCUACCUAUCAACAUCGAAGGCGUAAUUCUUCUAUGCGAAAACAUGCCGAGCGGUAUGGCGAUGAGAUGCGGAGACGUGGUGAUGGGAUUGAAUCAAAAAUCUGUAAUGAUUACCGAUACCGAUAACGAGGGACGUUUAAUGCUGGCGGACGCCUUCAUCUUUGGACAAAUUAUGUACAAGCCGCGUCUCAUUAUCGACGUGGCUACGUUGACGCCGGGAUCUCGAGCCGCCCUCGGAUCGGCGGCUAGCGCUGUUUUCACCAAUUCCCAAACGAUGUGGUCUCAAACUAGAAAAGCGGGUAUCAUUACCGGAGAUAGAGUUUGGAGAUUACCGCUAUGGAAAUACUUUAUGAAGAAAGUCAAUAGAUUCACUUCGCACGACGUCAAUAAUAAAGGACUCGGACACGGUUCCGCUUGUUUAGGCGCGGCGUUUUUGAACGAAUUCGUCGAUUGCAUCGACUGGAUCCAUUUCGAUACGACUGGAGUUGGUCUCAUUAGCGAACACAAAAAUUAUUCGUAUUUAACCAAAGGUCGGAUGACAGGACGUCCUACCAGAACAUUAAUUCAACUCCUCUACCAAUUGGCAUGUCCUUCGGAAGGCCAGAGAAAGAUCGAGUAA